AUGUCCCCAAUUCUGGUCUUGGUACUCGUGUUGGCGCUCAUAGAGCCAAUUGUGACCAAAGGAAAUGGCCUCUCCAAGUCGCAGCUGAGCGCCAUCAAAAACGUGCGUUUCCGCAUCUCUUACACUACUUCCACAAUGGAUACAGUUUCCGUAUCUGCAUGGGGUGGAGGAGGCAGCUCGAGGCGUACGAUUCCCUCCAACGCUGCCGCCGGUCCAUUUGCUGGUCGAGAAUACGGUGGAGGAGAUCGUUAUACGAUGUAUGGUACCCGCGCAUACGGAAGUGGAUAUCCAUACGGCGCGGACAAUACUACCUCAGUCGCGGGCAGCCCUUUCCGUAUAGAUUAUCUCGGCGGCGAAGAGUAUGCUUCCAAUGUCACCGUCAAUAGUACAAACUUUGACCUGGACUUUCUUCGUCCUGGAGGUCCGAUGGGUGUGGUCAAACUCGCUCCAGGCACUAGCCACUGGAAUGGGGUGAGCUCGGAGGAGCCUCAACCCCUUCGUCGCUUCGACCCCACUCUCCCUUCCAACCACUCGUCAAGCAGCCAGCCGCGGCCGGAAAACACCAUUCAAUACUAUCGUGCGAAUUCUUUCGCACUCACCUACGCUGGCUAUAACAAUACGUUUGCACUCGACUCUUCCAACCCUUCUACCUCUCAAAGUCUUGCCGACUCCUCGCCUCUCCCCUCGCAAAUCGCCAAUUCAGGAUUAUUGAAGUGUAUAAACGACACAAUCGGAAACGCCCUCCCCAUUGCUGACUCACCCGACGUGGGCAAAGAUUGA